GGGGCGGCGGGGAGAGGGCGGCCGGAGCGGCGCCAUGGGCAGCCGGCGUUGAGCUCGCAGGGUUGACGGCUUUCUUCCCCGGGUGGCUGAGGCGGCGAGUGAGGCCCGGAAGGAGAGCGAGCGAGCGGGUGGCGGUUGCGGAGUGAGGAGGUAGCGGCAAUGGAACGGGGAGCCGGGGCCGCCCUGUGGCUGUGGGCGCUGCUGGCGGCGGGCACGGUGGUGGCGGGCGUCGUGUCGAGAGUUUACACCAACACCUGGGCCGUGCAGGUGGCGGGCGGCCCGCAGCAGGCGGAGAGGAUCGCUCGGCAGCACGGCUUCAUCCACUUGGGCCAGAUCUUUGAUGAUUACUAUCAUUUUCGGCAUCAAGGAGUAGUGAAACGAUCAGUAAACCAGCAUAAGUACCAGCACAACAAACUGCGGCUAGCAAAACAGGUGAAAUGGCUGGAGCAGCAAGUUGUGAAAAAAAGAACAAAGCGGGAUAUUUACACAGAACCAAAUGAUCCCAAGUUUUCCCUGCAGUGGUACCUGCAUAACUCAAACCAUCGUGACCUGAAUGUGAAAGAUGCCUGGAAGCAAGGUUACACAGGGAAGGGUAUCGUAGUCUCUAUCCUGGAUGAUGGAAUUGAGAAAAAUCACCCGGAUUUGGUAGUUAAUUAUGAUCCUGGUGCCAGUUAUGAUGUGAACAAUAAUGAUCCUGAUCCCCAGCCUCGUUAUACACAGCUCAAUGAUAACCGGCACGGAACACGAUGUGCCGGGGAAGUGGCUGCUGCUGCUAACAAUGAGAUUUGUGGAGUGGGGGUGGCAUAUAAUGCCAGAAUAGGAGGUGUGCGAAUGCUGGAUGGGGAGGUGACUGAUGCUGUGGAAGCCCAGUCCCUCAGCAUGAAUCCUCAGCACAUUGACAUCUAUAGUGCCAGUUGGGGUCCAGAAGAUGAUGGAAAGACAGUGGAUGGACCUGCUAAGCUGGCUCAGGCAGCCUUUUUUAAAGGCAUUACUCAGGGACGCCGGGGUCUCGGCUCGAUUUUUGUGUGGGCCUCUGGAAAUGGUGGCCGGGAGCGUGACAGCUGUAACUGUGAUGGAUACACAAACAGCAUUUACACUCUAUCAAUCAGCAGUACAACUCAAAAUGGGAAUGUGCCAUGGUAUAGUGAGGCAUGCUCCUCAACGCUUGCUACCACGUACAGCAGUGGAGGGCAAUUUGAAAAGCAGAUUGUUACCACUGACCUGAGAGAGAAAUGUACAGAGUCACACACCGGAACCUCAGCCUCUGCUCCCCUUGCAGCGGGGAUCAUCGCUCUUGCGCUGGAAGCAAAUAAAAAUCUCACCUGGCGUGACAUGCAGCACCUUGUAGUACGAACGUCUAAGCCAGCCCACCUGUCCUCCAACGACUGGAUUACAAAUGGAGUUGGUCGCAAAGUCAGUCACUCGUAUGGAUAUGGGCUACUUGAUGCUGGAGCUAUGGUCACAUUAGCUAAAAAUUGGACAAGUGUUGGAGAUCAGCGGAAAUGUGUAAUUGUGAUUACCUCUGAGUCAAAGGAAAUUAAAAACAGAUUGGAGAUACGGAAGAGUAUUGAUGCAUGCCGUCAAACACCAAACUUUAUUCAGUCCUUGGAGCAUGUGCAGGCAAGGAUCACACUAUCCUAUAGCAAGCGUGGAGACCUGGCUAUAUACCUCACCAGCCCAAUGGGAACGAAGUCAACGCUGCUGGCACCAAGACAACGUGACUACUCACCUGAAGGAUUCACAGACUGGGCAUUCAUGACGACACAUUCAUGGGAUGAAAAUCCAUCUGGUGAAUGGGUUCUAGAACUGGAGAGCAUGCCUGGUCUAAAUAAUUAUGGUACGCUGAGGCAGUUUACCCUGGUUCUUUAUGGUACAGCACCAGUUAACUAUGACCAGCUGAAAGCUACAAAUAUCACAUUGCCUGACAACUGCAAAACACUGAACUCUCAGCAUGUGUGUGUGGAAUGUAAUGAAGCAUUUUUUCUGCACCAACAAAGCUGUGUGGAAAAUUGCCCACCUGGUUUUCACAAAGGAAUCAUCGACGGUCCCCUCGUAAACAACGAACUACUUCCAAAAGUCUUGGCCUGCCUUCCUUGUCAUUCUUCUUGCCGCACAUGCAACGGCUUAACUGCCAAUCACUGCCUUUCCUGCCUUCCUCAUUCACACUACAAUGAAGUUGAAUUGAACUGCUCGCCUCAGAUGCAAGUCAGCAGAGAGUCGCCCCUGGAAGAUGAGGAAGUUGUGGAGCCUCUGACUGGCUCCCACGUACCAAUAUGGUUUGCAUUAACCAUCUGUGCCUUUAUUAUAAUGGUCUUUUUUAUAAUAUUUGUCGUUCUUCAGGUGAGAUCAGGAUUCCAGUUUAGCAAGGUGAAGGUCUACACACUUCAGAAUGGUAAAGGGAUUAUAUCUUAUAAAGGAAUUCCUGACACCUGGAAGGACGGGGAUUUAUCCGAAUCGGAUUGCGACGAAUUUGAUGUUGAGGGCCAAAGUGAGAGAAUGGCUUUUUUAAAGAAAAUACAAAGUGUCCUCUAAUAUUUUUGUUCAAAAGUAUCCUCUAAGUAAUGAAGGGUUACCUAUCUAUCAUUUUCAUAGACUUCAGGGAAAGGUGUCUCUAAUGGACAAGAAAUCCACACACUCGCUUUUAUCUGGAACAUGGGUAUUUGAAACAUCUGGGCAUGGUCCCUUGUAGCUGAACUGUUUAAUACUGGAAAUUGGGCAUUUUUCACAGCUCUUAACUGAGGUAGGCAGAGAUUUCUCUGCAGGAUAUGGUCAGAAUGGUUGAAUAGUAAUGGUAGGAAAUCCCAAAAUUGUGUAUAAAAUUGACAAGUGAUUUGGUUACAUUGAAGUCAUUUAAUUAAGUGGACUUUUUCUUGCAGUUUAGAAAAUUAUUGGAAAAUUAUUUUAAUCACUGAUUGAAAAUUGAAGCCUUUCUAAUAUUUGAUAGUGGUUUAGUUCUGUAGCAGUAGUGACAGUUUCAAGGGGUAACAUUUUUGCACUUUAAAAAAAAAUUAAAACUUCCAUCCCUUAAAACCCUCACUGAACUGUGGCUGAAGUUGGAAGUAAUUUAUACUUCUUUCUCUGACUUGUAGUGUUGAGGCAUUGGAACUUUGUGGAUUAAGGCUCGACAGAGUGGGGGCUGUCAGAACUGUUCCUGCUGAAAGUGCUAUAUGGAUGCAAGUCAAGUCUGAUCUUGAUCCCGUUCAUCCAAAGGCAUUUCCUUCUGCAGCCCAAACCCAAAGACCAACACUGUCAGCAGAGACGUGGGGAGUGUUCCUGUAUAACACCUUUGCUUUCCAGCGGAGGUUGGGCACAGGCAGUUCUGGGGGAGUAAAAUUAUCAGAGGUUAAGUAUGGAACUCAUUUUGUGGCUCAUUGCUGUGCAAUCUUUGGUAUUCCCAGGUGAGAUUGUCAUGUACCAUACUUAGACAAGGUCUGGUAUCAAAUCCAGGCAACAGCUUCCUUUCUUCUGCAAGAUUCCUUGGCUGUGCAGCUGUCCAAACAGACUCUAAGAGGCAAAACCUGUGACUGAAUUGGUGACCAAAGGGAUGGACGGUAAAUCAAAACUUAUCACCUAUGCAGUGGGUGUAUGGUUUUGAGAAUAGUGCUGGGGGAGAGAGGGCUUGUUAAUUCUUACGGAGUAGUGUACCACUUUGGAAACCCAGGAUGCCACCUCCCUAUUCAUUGCACACCGUGCAAUUUAGGUGUUGAUGUACACCUCUCCUCAAAAGCACUUUAUAUAGAUGUUAGUUCCUACCUGGCUUGCAAUUUUCAGAUCGAACUUUUAUUAUUUUAUUUGAAGCACUGGUUGUAAGCACAUGGCUUACAUUCUUUAUGGGAAAGGAAAUGCUUGUUUAUAUGACUAAAAGAGCAAAGUCAGGCAGGCUUAAAUCCAGUGUUCAUGUGAUUAAAACAGUGGGAUUCCCAUUCUCCUAACCUUUCCCAGUAUAUUUGAUACACGUUUCUUCUUCAUUGAGCCACACUCCUCGAAGUAUUCCAUGUGCUGAGGAGACACUGUUGAGGCAUCUCUACCAUUUAGCGGAAAUAUUCCCAAUGGGUGACAAAGUGGCUAAGAAUCUUUUUUUGGUAUCCUACACAGGUCUAACUGGAAAGAUCAGAGUUCUCCUCUAGUCCCAAAAAUCUGAUUUAAUGUAAAGUCUGCUCUCCACUUAAUUCCAAGUGGACACCUGUAGCGUACAGAGCACUCUUAAUUUGUUUAAUUGGCAAUAUGGUUUGAAGGUCGCAAGCUGUUGUACCUGGAGCAGAAGUAAAUUAGCAGUAUACGAAACAGUGGAAUUUUCCUCAGUGUCUGACCUGCACUCUAUGUACCAAGAGUGUUUAACAGACAACAGGAACCUUUAUCCUAUGUCUAAGUGCUGUACUUGCCCUCACUAUAUGAUUUUGGCAAAAACCACCUGUGAUAUAGAACUGUCCACUUGGGAACCUCUCUCCCCAUUCUGAACAUGAAGUUCACAAAUUUGUACCUGCUGACUGAGUCAUGAAAUGAAGCCUUGAGAUGUCCCGUACAGUUAUGUAGUGUUUCUACCUCAUUAGCUCAGUUUAAACAAGGUUUAUUUAUCCCCAUUUACCAUUCGUGCCUCCUGGCCUGAGAGAACAUGCUUAAAGUUGUGGCAAAUAGCUGUGAAAAAUGUUGAUCCUCAGAGUCUGAGCAAAUACAAUGAGCACAAAACAUCACUGGGUUUGAGUAAGGAUAAGUCUUUUUCAAAGUGGGAGUUCAGAACUUUGGGUCAAAGGCGUUCCCAAAUCAUCGAGUCUGUCUCAGGGUGAUUCACUGACACCAACAGUUCUCUCAGUGAAGCAAGGGCAUUGUCUCAGAAUUUUUUCAAGAAUUUACAUUAUUUUUCUCAUGUAUCAAUAAUAAUGGAUGAGACCGAUAAAUUAUUUACAAGUUGGAGGAGUUGGUCACCAAUCCUUACUCAGAGCUUUGCUGUAGCUGUCAACAUGAAAUGUAGUUAAUGCUGUGUUUUCAGGGGAGAUUCUGGUCAUUUUUGUUUUUGGCUUGUCUAAUAUACUUGCAUUGGUACAGUGCAGAACAAAAUCAAACUUUGACCAAUCCUGCAAUUCAUGACCUUUCACUAUUAACCAAGACACUUCCCAUAGCGCUGCAUCUUCAAUCUUUAGAAAGAUUAAAGAAACGAUUGACACAAGCAGGAAGGCCACAUUCUGACCCUUCAGCCGCUUUGCAAAUUUUCACAGCUGUGGUGAUCAGAUAAAAGUUCUAGGCAGCAUUGAUAAAGCUCAUAGCAUAUCACAGGUUCCGGGAGAGCUUCAAGAAAGUUGAAUUGAGCUUCAGUUACAGAAUGGUUACUGCCAGGAAUAGUUAGUGGAAUAUCAUUGAGUUCUUAUGAUACAUCUCCAACUGUGUUAAUUGGGCAUUUAACCAAUUUCAAAUUCAUUGUCAAGGUGAUGGGGGAAAGAAUUGAAAGCACAAGUUACUUGGGAUGGAGAGAAUUUAGCUGAACCUUGAAAAACUGGGUGUUUUCCUGUACUUAACUGGGCUAGUGAAAUGUUUUUGCACAUGGGGAAUUAAAUUUUAUUCUGCAGGAUAACUUUGCAAAUUGUGAAGCAUGUCUACAGUGAAACAUUGUAAUUGUAUUGCCACGGUUCUGACAAGCCAAAUGAGGUACUGUGAGAGGGGUUCUAUUGGACCCUGGCUAACUAUGAACUGUGCAAUAGAAGUCUUGUCCUCUAUUGACCAAAGCCAGGGAAAGUGAAGAAUUUUCAAAAGCUCCUGCUCCUGGGUUGCUAUCAGUAUUCUGGCUUAAAUGUGUACGUGUGAGCAAUGGGUCCCAACCUGGCAUUGGGGCUCUUUCCCAGUGGGCUGACAGGUGUCUCACGCGUAGGAGGUUCUCAUAAUGUGUUCAGCAGGGAUGUCCAGUUGUAUAUCCUUAACCUAUGAAGAAGUGACAAGUGUUGGCAUUACACUGGAGGAUAAAAGCCACUUUGUUGGCAUUUGUGCAAACCCUGUUGAGUAGCUGGCUAACACACAGAUCAGACAGAGGGUUUAAGAGUGUUGGAAGAGACAGUUCAGGCAUGUGUCGUAUAACAGCCUUGCAAAUCAUUAGGUUAUCUCUUGACUUUGCACUAUUUUCAUAUGCACAAUUCUCUUUCUAUGUCAAUAUCAGGCACUAAAAUCAAUGUGUGGCACCCUUACUGAAAUCCUGGUUAAGCUGGGUCACUGUGGCUUCUUUGAACUUGGCACCAUGUAACUAUUAUUUUAAUAAAAGCAAUAUAAUUACAGGCCUUGGGGUGGGGGCAGGUAUAUGUUGUAAAUUGUAAUAUAUAUAUAUAUAUAUAUAUUAUAAACCAUGAUUUGAUAAUAUGCAACUUAAAGUGUAAAAGAAUCAAAGUAUAUGUGUGUGUGUCCGUCAGGGGAGUUGAUUGUCCCAGUGCUGUGUUGGGUAAGGAGAUGGAGUGACAUCGCCUAAUCUGCUAUGUUUUGCAGUGUGUUGUGGGAUACCCAGGUGGGGAUAUGGACGGACAGGGAGCAGAGCUGUAUUUCAUAACGGUGUAGCAGCCAUCUUGUGCGGGUACUCCUCGAAACUCGUGGAGGUGUCUUGCUGCCCAAGCCCUGACCUGCGCUCCAUUGUUGGUGCCACAUUUAGAGCAAUUACCUCAGACUCUGCUCCAUUGUGUCCAUCCCCAACAUAGCUUUUCACUGUCAAAUGUUAAACAGCUCCACCUUCUGACAUUUGUCAAUGCACUUUAGUCUACUGAUCAACCCCGGAUACCGUGCUCAACAGGUCAGCAUUGUCCUGGGAAACUUGUUCCAGCAUUUGGUUAAAACACAAGCCCAAAUCUAUCGUUGUACUAAGUUGGAAGGAAGAGCUGAUAAAAUAUUUCAUACUGUCUGGAUUUUUCUGAACAACUUAUUGACGCAGCAGAAUAUGCAAAAAUUAAGGAAUAGAUCAAUGUGGUUCCUGACCUUUCUGCACAGCUCCUGUGGCAGUAUUCUGUGCAAAUGCUAGUUACCCCAGUAUCUCCAUAAUUAGUUGGAAAUUUACAAAUAAUCAUUAGUUCUUCGCAUUCCUGCUGGUUGCUCAGUCACCAUUACAGUUUGCCCGAGCUAGAUAAAAACAAAUUUGCUGAAAUAUUUGCACAUUGAGAUAGUUUAUAAUUCAUUCUAAAUGACAGCACCUCAAUGGGUUCUGGUCUCCUCUCCCCCUUCUCCCCACUCCAGUGUGGUUGCAUUGCACUAAUAUAUUUAAUCAUUCCAGAUCUUGUCUUGUACAUUAACUGCAGUGCCCAUAAAGCAGUCACAAAAUCAGGUCUUGUUGAAAGAUUGACCAAAGGCUUGGAAGGAAUGAGUUGUAGUUCUCCAACCCUAGGGGGAAAAGACUGUGUGUCCACCCUGUCUCUGCCCCUUAUUAUUUUAUUAACCUCAUUCCCUCUUUAGUGCUCCAAGAGAAAGCUAGUCUGUCCAACCUCUUCCCGUCACCAAUUCAUUGGUGUCUUGGCAACAUCCUCGUAAUUCUUUUCCUUUUAAUGUUGGUGGAAAACUAAGUUCCUGUCUCAGUGGCUAUUCAGUGACUGCCAUUUUAAAGUACACAAGUUGGUUAUUGGGCUACACUGUGAUGCCUUGUGUAGUCAAUUACCUAUUCAUACACUGUACAUAGACACUUGGGCUCAUUACUUGGUGUCAAGCCUUUGGUCGAGAUGGGAAGAAAAUUGGGGAGAUACUGGGUUGCAGAGGGAGAGAAAAAUCAGAACCCAAAAUGAAUCACAGAUACUAAAUUAAAAGGGCUGCAUAAACUCAGUUCCAGUCUUAUUCCACAGUGCAUUGCACUAAAAUACAGAUGAUGACUGCUUGCUGUGAUGUGAAGUCCUAUUGCUAUAAUGCUGAUAUUCUGGAUGAUUUACUAAGAUAAGUAAACAGACAUAUUUUUGUACAAUAUUAUAUAGUACACAGUAAUUUUCUUGUAAUAUAAAAUGGCUUAAAACAAAUUACUCAUUAUUUAAUGGAUGUGGAAAUAUUGUCAUAGAUCUACUUAAAGAAAUUAAAGACUUUUUCAAA